AUGGUCAUGAACUGCUUCAGGAAGAAAACGAAGGAACCAGAAGAAGAAAAACACGCUGAAACAGCACGCAGCCAGGCAGGGCGCGGCAAAGCCAUCCAGCAGCGCUUAGCUGGCGUUGAGGAUGAUGUAGUAGUGAGGAGGAAGAAGCAAAAGAACCCACCUUUCUCCGUACACACAGCCUUCCCUCUGGCUUAUCCCCCAGCUUCGAACUACUUUUCCACCACUAAUCGCAUGGGAAGCCGCCGACGAUCGGGAGGAGGAACAGGAGGAAUGUCCAGCAAGAGAGAAAGGUCCGGUUAUUGCCAGUGGUGA